CAACGCGAUGGCUACCAUUUCACUUAGGCACAACCCACAAGUAAACAACACUCAUCAACAACGUGGAAUCAUCACUGAAGAAAUCCAAGGACUCAUAAGAGUUCACGGAGAUGGACGUGUUGAAAGGCCACCACUUGUGCCUUAUGUCUCAUGCACAGUGGCAUCAUCAGAACGUGUUGUCACUGCCAGAGAUGUUAUGAUCAACAAAGAGACCAAUUUAUGGGCACGUAUUUAUGUGCCACUAAGUUGUCACACCAAGCUUCCUUUGCUUGUUUACUUCCACGGUGGUGGAUUCUGUGUUGGAUCUGCUGCUUGGAGCUGUUACCAUGAGUUCUUGACCAACCUUGCUUCCAAAGCAAACUGUGUCAUUGUCUCUGUGGAUUACCAAUUAGCUCCUGAGAACUGUCUUCCUGCAGCAUAUGAUGAUGGUUUCAAUUCUCUCAUGUGGGUCAAGAGAGAAGCACUAAAUGGGUCUUGUGUGCAAAACUGGUGGUUGAGUCAUUGCAACCUCUCUUUCCUUUUUCUAGCUGGUGACAGUGCAGGGGCCAACAUAGCUUACAAUGUGGCCACACGCAUGGGAUCAAGCACUUCAUGUCUAAAUCCAUUGUCUCUCAAGGGUCUUGUAUUGAUCCAACCUUUCUUUGGAGGAGAGGAAAGAACAAACACUGAAAAGCAUUCACAUAAUCAGCCACCCAAUUCAGCACUGACUUUAUCAGUUUCUGACACUUAUUGGCGCUUAGCACUUCCUCUUGGUGCUACGCGUGACCACUCAUAUUGCAACCCUCUUGCACAUGGCAUGGCCAAGUUGAGAGAUUUGAAGCUUCCACCCUUUAUGGUGUGCGUUUCAGAAUUGGAUAUAUUAAGAGAUAGGAACUUGGAGUUCUCAAACACUUUGGCAAAAGCAGGGAAAAGGGUUGAAACAGUUAUUUACAAAGGUGUAGGCCAUGCAUUCCAAGUGCUGCAUAAUUAUCAUCUUUCCCAUUCUAGGACCCAAGAAAUGAUAUCUCAUAUCAAGACAUUUCUUAACCAGUAA